CUUUCUUGUGGUGAACCAAUUGGAUCUUAUGAAAGUAGUGGCGUUGAUCAGCGGUGGAAAGGAUAGUUUUUAUAGUUUAUGCAAAUGUAUUGCUUAUGGUCAUGAAGUUGUAGCACUUGCAAACCUAUUUCCUGAAGACUCUACAGUACAAGAUGCGGACUCUUACAUGUAUCAAACUGUGGGCCACGAAAUCGUACAAGCAUAUGCCAGAGCACUGUUAUUACCUGUUUUUCGGAGACCUACCAAAGGGAAAGCAGUGCUUACUACUUUGGGAUAUUCUCGCCAACCAUAUGAUGAAGUAGAAGAUUUGUAUCAACUGCUGUUACAAGUAAAACAAGAAAUGCCUCAAGUGGAAGCUGUUUGUACGGGAGCUAUCUUGUCCGAUUACCAACGCAACCGUGUAGAACAUGUGUGUUGUAGAUUGCAACUAACUUCCAUUGCAUAUCUUUGGAAAAGGAAUCAAAAACAACUUCUGCAAGAAAUGUUACAAGCUGGAAUAGAUGCAAUAGUUGUAAAGGUUGCGACAAUGGGAUUGUAUCCACGGAAACACUUGGGAAAGCAUUUGAUCGAAUUGGCUCCUUUGUUGAUAGAAUUGGAGAGCAACUACGGAUCUCAUGUUUGUGGAGAAGGAGGUGAAUUUGAAAGUUUGGUAUUGGACUGUCCACUUUUCUAUUAUCGAUUGGUUGUCGAUGAAGCUGAAACAAUUGUAGUUUCUGAUGAUCGCUUUGCACCUAUAGGCUAUUUGCGAAUCAAAAAAUAUCAUUUGGAAGAAAAGUCAUUACAUGUCAACCGUAUGCAUUGGAUAAAGACUCUGGUGCCUAUCAAGUCUAUGCCAGCUCAGACGAAACAAAGAGAAACAGGCAGAAAGAAAGUUUCACAAAAUGAUAUUUCUUUAAUGUACUUGUGCAAGUCUCGUUGGUGCACAUCCAAAACAUCAAAUAUUUCAUACUUUUUGUGUUGUAGUAGAGCUGCUUCUACAACUGAGGAUAAGAAGAAUGUCUCGGAAGAAAUGAAGAAUAUUUUGGAUGACUUGGAACAAUCUUUGAAGGAAUGCAGUUUGACUCGAAAGGAUAUAUUCUAUUGUCAGUUAUACUUGAGUGACAUGAGCGAUUUCGUUUCAGUUAACAAAGUUUAUGCUUCUUAUUUUGGAACUGAAGAGCCUCCCGCUAGAGCAUGCGUAGAAGUUUCUUUAUGUUAUCAUCAACUCGUUGUACUAGAAGCAUUUGCUAGGAAGGGUCCUCGUAAGGUUCUUCAUGUUCAAAGCAUCUCUGAAUGGGCUCCUCCUUGUAUUGGACCCUACUCUCAAGCUCAUUGUUUCCAACAUGUCGUAUAUAUUUCGGGAAUUCUUGCAUUACAUCCUCCUACUGUAACUAUUGUACCAGGAUUGAAUAUAGAACAGGAAACUAUGCUCUGUAUAGAAAAUGUGAACCACACUAUGGAAGCUUUGCCAUGUGGAUGGGAAGAUAUUUUGUUUAUCUAUUGUUACAUCACUCAACCACAAGAUGCACAAAGGGUAGCCACAUUAUUGUAUAAUACUUAUGGAAAGCAAUUUGGUUUGUGCAUCGUACCUGUACGUAACUUACCUCGAAAUGGUUGUGUCGAAUUGCAACUCAUUUGUGUAUCAUCCAACGACUCUACUGGAAAUUCAUCACAAUAUGAUGCCCGUCCGAUAUGUAGUAAACAAGUUGUCCAAGGAGAAUUUCCGAUGCUCGUUGCAGAUGAUAACAAGAAUAUAUGUAGUCUCUCGGAAGAUAACUUUCAAGUGAAGUGGCAAAUGUGUAUCAGUGGUUCUAUUAUUGUAUUGCAUGCAACAUGGAAACAAGUUCCUUUACUUGACUCGUUCAAGAAACAAAUCAAAGCAAUAUUUCAUCAAUGGAUAAGCUUAUGCGAAAAGCGAUUGGACCGUGUUGGAGCUCAUGUCGCGUGGAAUCCGAUUGUUUGUAAGUCGUGGUUACCAAAAGAUCUUUUUUAUGAAAACAACAAUUAUUCUUUGCAAGAGAUAACUGAAGAAAUAUUAGUCAAGGUACUAUCCAACGAGCAUUCGAUGAACAGGACACCAGUAUUUAUUAUACCCUUGGAAGAAGACGAACAAGUUAGAACAUGCCAUUUGCAGUUAAUAUUACAAUUGGAUGAAAAAGUUAACACAUCUAGGUUGUGAAUUUCUUAGCAACUGCCAUGAGAAUACGGUUAU